UUCAUCUUAAUUCAGAUAGAUUAUAGGAUAUUUAGAGGCAGUAAUUAAGAAAACAAUAAUAAUAAUAAGACUAAUUAAAUCAGUAUAUUUUUAUUUGAUAAAUAAUAUUAAUUCCCAUUUUUAAAGUUAGCUCAUUCUUUUAGUUAUCAGUUUAAUAAUAAAUAACUUUCUAAAGUUAAGAAUAGAAUUAUAAUUGAAUAAAUAAAGACAUUAGCCUUAUUUUUAUAUUUUAGAGUUAGCUUGAACUAAACUUAACAUUCAAAAAUAAAAGAUUCAAAAUUAAAAGAAUAUCAAGAACGUUCAAAUAUUUUAGACAAUUCUUUAAUAAAUUAAGUCAUGAGUGAAGGCACAUUUGGGUUAACAGGAGUUGAUAUAGAGUAAAAAUAGAAAGCUUAAGAGUAAUAAUAGUAGUCUCUCCCUUAAAAAAAAACUGUUGGAGCCAUAUUGCCAAAAAAAAAUGAAGAUAAAAAGGAAGGCAUAGAGAGUUCUUAAAAAAGCAAUACAAAAUUCCCACCUAUUGAGCAAAAAAAACCAAAUAACUAAACUUCAACAGGUUAGGUUGGAAAUUAACAGCAGGCUGCUCAAAAUGGGUAACAACAAUAAUAAAUGGGAUAAACUAAUAUGCUUAUGAGUAAGAGUAUUAGAGCAAAAAGCUCUAAGAGCUUAGUGAAUGUUCGUAAAAUUGAUAACUUGAAAACUUUUAUCGACUAGGAGCGUCAGUUACAAAGUGGAAAUGAUAAAAUGAGUCGAAAUAAUAAGAAAAGCGAUGUCAAUAUGAACACUUCUUAUAGUAAGCGCUUGGAAUAAGAGAGAGAAAAGAAGGAAAAGAGAAAUUAAUUCUUAGAAGGGUAUAGAAGAAAGAUUGAGCAAGACUUUGAUCUACUCUAUAAAAAUGAUAACUAUGACAAUGUUGUUUCUCAGUUAAAGGUUUUAGAAAAUAAAUAAAAGUUGCAGGGAGAAAUCAGAAGAAAUGAAGACAUGUUGAAUAAAGACUAAAAAGAGUAUAACUAGAUAAAAUAUGAAAUUGAAUAAAGAUAAAAGUAAUUAAAUGCAAUCAAGAAUUAAAUUGAAAAUUUAAGGCACGUUUUUUCAACUGAAGAAGAAAAGCAAAAACUUUAUGAUUAAGACUAACUCUACUAAGACUAUGACUAAAAAUAUGAAGACGAAUAAAUGGUUUUCAUGAGUUUAAAGCAUAUGAUGCAGACUCGUAAAAAACUGCUGCUUGAAGAGAAGGAAAGAAGUGAGAAAAUGUAUGCCGAAUAUAAAGGAUUAGUUUCUUUGGCUAGUGGCUAUGAAGAGUAAGUUCUUAAGGGCUAGCAAAAGCAUAACACGUUGCAAAAAAAGAUAUCUCAUUAUAGCUCGUUGAAUGCUUUCAACCUAAACCCAAGAUUUUAAGAGCUCCUAGAAGACGAGCUUAGCGAAUUUGAGGAUAAGAAUGCACUUCACGAAAUUUUCAAGCACGAACAAGAGCGUAAAGACGAAUUGGUUCGCUUAGAAAAAGAAACAAAAAAACAAGAACUUGAAUAACUUCAUUUAGAAAAACAAAAACAACAAGAUAAAAUUAAGCAAGAAUAACGCUAAAUGGAAUAAAUACUAAAUUAAAAGAGAAAAAAUAUGGAGGAGCUGCUUAAAAUAUCUUGUGUAAGUGAUAUUAGUGAGCUGCAAGAUCGUAAAAUUUUCUUAGAAAAAAGUAACAGAAAUUUAAAAAAGUUCGAAGAAGAAUUCUAAGAGGCUAUUGAUAAUUAGAAAUUAGAAAUAGAACAUCUUAAGAGAUAACUAAAUGAACUAAAAUAUAUUCAAAAAGAAAGCUAAAAUAAUAAAAAAUCAUAAUAGUAGCAAUAAUAAGCUGCUGCACCAUCCCAAGAAGAGCAAAAUACAUAAUAAGCCAAGUAGAAUCCUAAGGGAGAUGAUAAAACUUUAUAAGUGAUUGAUGAAGAGAACUUAACUGCAAACGUGAAUAUUGAAAAGUUUGAAUAAGUUUUAAUCGAAGAAACUGAUCGCUUAUAAGAUAAAGAAAAUCAAGUGAAAAAGCUUGAGCGUGUAGUUGAUGAAAUUUGCCUAGUCUUCAGUCGUAUUUUGUAUUAACUACAGCCAUAGAACUAAAAAAAUAAAAAUAUAGAAGUUUCACGUAAAGACCUUACAAAUUAAAUUACUAUCUGUGGGCUAAAACUUGAAAAAAUUAUAUCAUUUUUGGCUAAAAAGAAGGAUUCACUCCGUGUUGAAAGUAUAAACACCGACGCUGAUAACUUUUAGCCUCCUGAAUAUGUAGGAAUUAAUCCAUUAAGUUAUUUAAGACAAAGAGAUGUAGAAGAAUAAAGAGAAUAUGAAGAAAAUCAAGACCCUAAAUUUGAAUAUAAAGAGGAUGAUCCUAAUGAGUUUGAAGCAGAAGCCUAUCUAUCGCAAAUGCGUAAUAAAAUACAUAAUAAUAACUUUGGAGACGAAAGAGAUAAAGAAUUUUCUGAUGAUUGA